UCUUUAGCAGAUGAAUCAUUUGGCUGUGAUUCGUGAGUCGUGUUGCCACAGACAACUAGCUACAGCGCAGGCGCGAACAACACACGCAUCAACAACGUUCCCGGGGACAUACAACGCAACAAACAAAGGAUUUGUUUUAAAGAUUCUGGGGAAUGGCGGUGAAUGUGUACUCCACGUCUAUGACCAUAGAGAACAUGAGCAGACAUGACAUGCUCGCUUGGGUCAACGAUUCUCUGCAUCUUAGCUACACUAAAAUAGAGCAGCUCUGCUCAGGUGCAGCAUAUUGCCAGUUUAUGGACAUGCUGUUCCCUGGGUGUAUUCUUCUGAAGAAAGUGAAGUUCCAGGCCAAACUGGAGCACGAGUACAUCCACAACUUCAAAGUGUUACAAGCAGCAUUCAAGAGAAUGAGCGUAGACAAGAUCAUCCCAGUUGAAAAGCUGGUGAAAGGAAGGUUCCAGGAUAAUUUUGAGUUCGUACAGUGGUUUAAGAAACUCUUCGACGCAAACUACGACGGGAAAGAUUACGACCCUCAAGCAGCACGACAAGGCCAGGAUGUUUCCCCUACACCCAAUCCAGGACCCCAGAGGACCUCGCCAACAGUACCCAAAACCGUGCCAACCCCUCAGCGGCCAAUCAGCUCUGUCCCGACCAACCUCAAGCGGAGCACACCUAUAUUACGGAACGGAGUUAGCGAGGCAGAGAUUAUCGAGCUCAACCAGCAGCUGAUGGACCUGAAGGUGACAGUCGAUGGCCUGGAAAAGGAGAGAGACUUUUACUUCGGCAAACUUCGUGAUAUUGAGCUCCUCUGCCAGGAGAACGAGGGCGGAAACCCAGUUCUCGCAAAAAUCAUCGGUGUCCUUUACGCUACCGAGGAUGGUUUUGCUCCGCCUGAGGAUGAAGAAAUUGUUGAACAGCCACAAGUCCAGGACGAGUACUAAACUCUACAAACAGGCGUACACAUGCAUUCAUUUAACUUUCUCUUCCUGCUCUACUUCUUAUCGGUCUUUUCCUUCUCGGCUCUCACUCGUUCUCACCCCGAGCUUCAUUUUCACGUUUGAUGAUCUUGAUUUCUUACCUUUCAUUUACUCACUUUUUUUUUUUGCCGUGUUCCUUUCUAAAGAAGCAGCAACUGAUCGACAUCACAACCUCUUAACAUGUCGGUGUGGUGUGUUGAGUGACCGAGUGGCUCAUGUAGUUUUUGCUAAUGUAAUUGGAUUUAAAUACCAUUUGUACGCUUAAUGGUAGAAAUCGGGUUUUAUCCUCGCUAUAUACCAUUAGCCGUGGUAUUUAUUUUAUCGAGUGUAGAGUAUAGAGCAUUGCUACUCGGACUGAUUUGUAUUUUUAUUUUUUUUUACACUAAUGUCAUGACUUAUUAACAUGUGAACCAAAACAUUGUCUGAACAAUGGCUGAAACCUUAGAGAUAGGAAUUUUUAUUUGCGUAUUCUGUACUGAUGCAAAUGAAACAGAAUAUUAAAACAAGCCACAGCUUCAUCAGACUACGAUAUAGAUGUUUAUAGAUGUAGCACACAGAUAACGUAACCUUCCUCUGCACUUUUACUGUACUCGGCUUAUUUUAAAGCAGCCUCGUUUUGCCUUUGUGAUUUCAAUUCGUUUGGCUUUCGGGAGGGUGUUUCUACUAUAUAGGAACUAAUUUUAAGUUUUAUAAAAAGCCAGUGAUCAGAAAGAUCCUGUAAACUGUACAGAUGUGUGAACAAGCAUGGAUUCCAACCACAUUUCUUCCCAUGCAUUCUCAUGAGAUAUGAGUUUUUGCCUUGCAAAAUGCGAGCGCCGACACUAAAGCGAGACGGAUGCAUGUACACUCACCGUGCACUUUUUUUUUUUAUUAGGAACAAGUGUGCACUUACACAUUUAUGCAGUUAAUCAAUUAGCUACUUCAGAUACUUCAGCUAAUGUUUACAUCAUAAAUCGCAUGAUCGUUAGUGUCGGAUGUGCUUUUUUUUAAGGAUUUCAGAGACUGCUGAUUUUUCUGAGAAUUUAAUCAGAAUGCUGGGGGGAAAAAACCAAGGUAUGAGCAGAGGGUCUGCAGGCUGAAACACCUCACUGAUGACAGAUCACAGGGGAGAAUGACCGGACCGGUCUGCACUCAGUGAGUCAGGAAGACUAUAGUAGCUCAAAUGAUCACUCUUUACAACUGUACUGAGCUGAAUGCAUCUCAGCAUGGACAUCACAGCAAACCUACAACAGUAGAUGAAUCAGAGACCAUCUGUGGUCAGAAUAGAAAAAAGAGCAGGUCUUCAGACGUCUGGUUAUGGAGAGUCUGUGCCUAUGAUAGCCUCAGAUUUCUCUUCUUGGUUAACAGGAGUGGAAUCCAGACUCAGCUUCAACGCUCAAUGUCUGGUGCAGAGCUGAGAUGCUUUUCUGCUCACCAUGCUUUUCUAAAAAUUGAUUAAGUUACUAAAUUCAUACUGUUAGCUUGAAUCAAUCUGCCCAUUUUCUUCUGAUGUCUCUUAUCAACAUGGCGUUUCCACCUACCGAACUGUCGCUCGCUCAGUGUUUUUUUUUUUUUUUUUUUUUUUUUUUUUUUUUUCCCUAAACAAAAUUCUGUGUAAACGUUUACAGACUGUCAUGUGAAAAUCUCAGGAGAUCAGCAGUUUCUGAAAUACUCACAAUACUCACUGUGAAAAUGAACUGAAGCUCUUGAUUUGUGUCUGCAUGAGUUUAUGCAUUUUCCUGCCACAUGAUUGGCUGAUUAGAUAACUGCACAAAUGACCUGGUGUAUAGGUGUUCCUAAUAAACUGGUUAACGAGUGUAGACUCAAAAGAGGACACAGAUGAUUCAAGUCCAAAUAAAUGUAUAUUGGUAGCCUGAAAAAAAAAAUCAAAGCUGUGUUCUUUCUGAUUACAGAAGUGUGUGCACUUUGCAGCUGUAAGAAAUUAAGAUAUAUUUAUUUAUUAAAGAUGACUAUAAAGUAAGAUGCUUAACGAUCCAUAACAACUCCAUUUUAAUUUAAUAAAAAGAAUAUUAAUAGAUAACAUUACUGGUUUUUAUUUGUUACUGACUUAUUACUGGCUAAAUUAUAAAACUGAGUUUUAGCUACUAUGUCAGUGUUGUAUUUUUUUUAUUUUUCAUGUUUCACAUGCAUUAAUGCCAUAAAGGUUGGUUUUGAUUGACAGGAUCUGUCUGUAACUUGUUAAUUUUGUCCCUCAUUUAUUUGCAGUUUUACUAUGUAAAAUAAAGAGUAUU